AUGGAUAAAAGUUGGAUGACAAUGGGUAAGAUACCAGAUGGCAGAUUAAGCCAUCCAUAUAUUGAAGGGGUCAAUGCAUUUAUUAAUUUUUCAAGGGCGGUUGUAGACUUGAGUGGUAAUAUUCUGUAUUCGUGUAUUCACUGUGUGAAUUGCUAUCGACAAUCUCUUCAUACUAUUCGUAUCCAUUUGCUUCAUCGUGAGAUUAUGCAAUCUUACAUUAAUUGGUAUAAUCAUGGAGAACCUCAUGUAUUGAACGAGAACACUCAUGAUAAUGAAAUGUCAGAUGAUGAUCAUAUGGAUGGUAUCAAUGCCUUGGUAAGUGACCAAAUUAGAGGGGAACCAAGAAAUGCAACUGAAGAUGAGGAAGUGUGUAAUUUUGACAAAUUUGAGGAAGAUGCAAAGCGUGAGUUGUAUCUGGGUUGCACUGAUUAUAGUAUCUUGAAGUUUGUUAUUGAGAUGUUGAAUGUAAAGAAGGACAAUGAAAACCUUGAUAAAUAUCCAGUGUGUGAGGCGCCUAGGUACAAGGAUACACAUACCCAAGGUAAGAAGAUUUCUCAUAAGGUAUUGCGUUACUUCCCGUUAACAUCGAAAUUGAGGAGAUUAUACAUGUCAGGCCAAAGAGCUAAGGACAUGAGAUUGUAUAUAGACAAACGUGUAGAUGAUGGGAUAAUGAGGCAUCCGACUGAUAGUAAGGAGUGGAAUGAGUUUGAUUUGCAACAUCAUGAUUUUGCCCUCGAAUCUCGCAAUUUAAGGUUGGGGUUGGCUACAGAUGGAUUUAACCCUUUUGAGAAUAUGAACAAUAACUAUAGCAUAUGGUCUGUCAUACUUAUCCCCUAUAACCUACCGCCUUGGUUGGUUAUGAAUGAGCCAUAUUUUAUGUUGUCCUUACUUAUUCCUGGUCCCUAUCAACUAGAAAAUGAGAUUGAUAUUUACUUGAAAUUAUUGGUUGAUAAGUUGAAGGAGUUAUGGGAAGAAGGUGUAGAAACUUAUGAUGCUUAUAGUAAAAAGCAUUUUCAGAUACGUGUAACUUUGUUGUGGACAAUACAUGACUAUUUUGAAUUUGGUAACGUGUUUGAGUGGUGGACAAAGGGUUAUCAUUCUUGUUACACUUGUAACGAUGAACCAUAUUCAGAAGCUUUGGAAAGUAAAAUUAGAUUCAUUAACCAUCAAGCUUAUUUGCCUAUGGAACAUCAUUGGAGACAUAGUCAGUUAUAUAAUGGUUUAUUAGAGAAAGGGAAUAGAUCUUUAGAGUUACCAGUGGGAAAGAUACAAAAACAGCUAAAUAGAAUGCCAAAUAUAAUUUUAGGAAAACAUUCAAGUAACAAGAAGAGACAACUCAUUGGAGAGUCAAAUUGGCUAAAGUUUAAGCACAAUAUUGAUGCCAUGCAUGUGGAGAAGAACAUUAGUGAAAGUACUUACGGUACUUUAUUCGGCAUUGAGGGGAAAAACAAGGACACUGACAAGGCACGGAUAGACUUGCAAAACAUGAACUUUAGGCACACAUUGCAUUUGAAACAACGUCCUGAUGGAUUAUAUGACAAGUCUCGGGCUUUCUUUUCAUUAAGCCCCAAUAAAAGAGAUGAUUUUUAUGACUUUUUGAAAUCAGUCAAGUAUCCAGAUGGUUAUGCAGCCAACAUAUCAAGAGGAAGGUCAGGUACCUGGAAAGUCACUGAUGAAAUUAUUGGUGUCUCUAUCCCGAGAAAAGCUCGCUCAUGUACAACGAAGAGGAAAAUGGAGGGUGAGAAAAGUUUGGGUACGGUUGAGAACAAUGAAAUCGAAAGUGAACAGCUUGAAAAGACUGAAACUUCUUCUUCACCAAAAGAGUGUGUCAUUGGAAUCACAGCAAGAGGUGGACAUUGCAAUAACAGUGAUAAUGGAGGAGGAGGAUCUGAAACCGUCGGAUAA